CACCUUGUCUCUUCGCGACCAUGGCCUCCCCGUCCCACCGCGACGCCUUGCGCGAGCCACGCUACUCCCGCGGCAUCCAGCGCGCGCUGGCGUGCACACCCCACCCCUCAGCCUCGAUCGCGGGCUCGACGCGCAUCGCGCGCCUCGAGAGCUUUUACGUGCGCCCGCGCUGGCUCUUUGUGCGCAUCGAAACGGAGGGCGGCGUCGUCGGUUGGGGCGAGGGCACGCUCGAGGGCCACACCGAGGCGGUGCAAGGCAGCUUGGCGGACGUCGCGCGGCGUAUUGUGGGAUGGGACGCGAUGAACAUCGAGGACAUAUAUGCCUAUCUUUACCGGCACCGGUUCUACCGCGGCGGCGAGGUGCUCAUGUCCGCCAUGAGCGGGGUGGACAUUGCGCUGUGGGACAUCAAGGGCAAGGUCCUCGGCGUGCCGGUGUGGCAGCUGCUGGGCGGGGCGGUGCGCGAGCGCUGCGAAGUGUAUGGCUGGAUCGGGGGCGACAGGCCGGCCGACGUGCUCGAGCAAGCGCGGGCGCGCAAGGCGCAGGGGUUUACCAAGGUCAAGAUGAACGCGACGGAGGCGCUGGGGUGGCUCGACUCGCCGCAUGCGCUCGACGAGACAGUGCGCCGCCUCGAAGAGGUCAAGAGUAUUGGGAUCGACGCGGGGCUCGACUUCCACGGCCGUGUACACAAGCCCAUGGCGAAACAGCUCGCGCGCGCCCUCGAGCCCCACCGCCCGCUGUUCAUUGAGGAGCCCCUCCUCCCGGGACACGUAAAUGAGCUUAAGGACUUGUACAACAAGACGACGAUUCCCAUUGCCCUCGGCGAGCGCCUCUUCACGCGCCAAGACGUCCGCCCAUACCUCGAAGCGGGGUGCAUCGACAUCAUCCAGCCGGACAUCGCGCAUGCCGGCGGGAUAUCGGAGACGCGCAAGAUCGCGACCAUGGCGGAGGCGUACGACGUGGGCGUCGCGCCGCACUGUCCGCUUGGCCCCCUCGCCUUCGCUGCUUCGCUGCAGGUCGGGUUCGCGACGCCCAACUUCGUCAUCUGCGAGAUGAGCUGGCAGAUGCAUUACAACACCGGCGGCUUUGACCUGCUGACGUACAUGACGAACCCGGAGGUCUUCGCCGUGCGCGACGGCCACAUCGACCUGCUCACGGCGCCGGGGCUCGGCGUCGAGCUCGACGAGGCACUCAUCCGCGCCGAAGCGGCCGAGGCCGCGACGCUCCCGCCAUGGUCCAACCCCGUGUUCCGGGGUCCCGACGGCGCCGUGCGCGAGUGGUAACCGUGUAUCAUGAGACCCAAUGCAUAUUCUGCCGUGCCAAGCGAUCUGCCGG